AUGUCAAAGAAAAUCCGAUAUCCUCGAACCGACCCUCUAUCUCACCCGCAAUCCCUCUCCGCUGGAGCGUCGAACGGCAGACUGGGUGUGCCCGACCGCGCACCAUCUGUGCUCUCGGCUCGAAGCAAGAGAUCUUCGAUAAGGAAGGACCCAAAGGACGACCCAAGCCGUGUGCCCCACCCUUCUCAUCGACAUGCCUCGCCGUCGGCGCCCUGGCCAUGGGUUGACUUGGAGGACGAGGUUGACCCCCUUCAACUCGAGUGUCCCCUUCCCCCAGUGCCACCCUUGUGCGACCACAAGUCGUGUGGGGGAUGCUGGAGAGGCUAUCCCCAGUCUCGCUUCCCAAACUGGACUCAUCGGCAGGUGAAGAAAAGCAAAAUCAACCGUGCUAUCACAGAGUAUGAUACAGCAAAACCGUGCAUUUGCCACCGAGUUGACGUGGACGAGAAUGGGUUCUUCACCAACGCUGGAUCCAUUGUGGCGACAAGCGGAGAAGAGGACCAAAUUUGGGAUAUCAUCAUCAACGAAACGCGUCCUGAAAGGCUUAGAGUGCGGGCACUCUUCAUCCAAGACAUGUCCGGCCCCAUUCUGCAGAUGUUAGGAGCAAAGUAUAACAUUGAGCCUUUUUUCUGGUCGUCGUCGUUGAACUGGAUCCCAUCCCGUUUCCAAGAAGAGAUUAAACCUGGUGUCGGAGAUCAUAUCACCAUAACGUUGACCUUCCUGAAGUCGAUGUCGAACCACCAAGCUCUUCAACUGAACGCCGCGUUCAGCAAGUCGUCGGACACUCUCAAGCAACCAAGCACGCUGUUAGGCUCGCAGAAGAUCGACACCCACGCACCCCUUGCCCUCUACUCCAAUGACAGGCUGCUUGUCCUGGACUUAUUGGCUGUUCACCUCAUCCGCAAUGUCAAUGGAAGUACGAUCAUUUCGUACCACCCUAGCAUGAACAUCCCAACCACCACGGCCCCAUUUUUGCACGAGCGAAUUCGCUUUGCUGGUCAGAGUGUUUACUGGCAGAGCAUCUUCCAAAAAUCGCCUGAUCCGACAUUCGUUCUACUGACCUUUGUAUGGCACGCGCUGUACGCCUGGGACGAGGCUCUGGAGAACCUGUACGAGCACAUCUGUACGCUGGAAACCAGGGUCAUAUCCACCUCAGAGAUGCCUCUCACACAGGAAUUGCAUGUCAUUCGAGCACACCAUCUUCACUACUCGUCCUUACUCGACGACUUCACCAAACACGUCGAGUUCAUCAGGGACACACACAACCCGGCCAUGGAUUCCAUGAGCAAACAGGAUCUCAAUUUCUCCCACAAGGUCAUGCAACGAGAAUGUGCGAACCUGUUAUCAGAGAUUCGACGCCUCAAGUCCGAGUUGCACAUGCAAGAGCGACGGCUAAAGAAUGUGAUGGGCCUCGUAUUCAGCAGCGUCAACAUUACCGAUAGUCGAUACAUGCGAGAGAUGACCGAAGCUGCUGUUCGAGAUAGUGCUGCUGUAUGUCCCCCUCGUCAAUCUCCUAGGCGCGUGAUGAAGCAAGUUGCCUAUCUUACAAUGGUCUUCCUCCCAUCUUCUUUUGUCGCGGCAGUCUUUGGGAUGAACGUGUCUGAAAUCAAUCCCGGAUCAUUAGCGACCCUUGCGCGUUACGUCGAGUUCGCCCUUCCCCUCACAUUGCUCACAGCCUGGAUCAUCAUCGCGUUCCAGAGCACCUACAUCUUCCCGGAGAGGACGAGUUUUAUUGUACGGCUAGGCUGGCCUGUUUACUUGAUCUAUAACAUGAUCAAGAAGAAAAGAGAGGCGAAUGAGGAGGAGGAUGAGUCCGAGUACACGAUCGAAUACGGUAGUAGUGCAACCAAGGAGGUCAUGGGUUAA